AUGAGUAAGCAAUCAAAGAAUGAUCUUAUCCAACCAGAUGACAUCACUGUCGCCAUUUUCUGCGCUCUCCCAAAGGAGGCCGUCGCGGUUAGGCUCGUAUUUGACGAACGAUUCGAUUGCAAUGUUGCUCCUGGCCAACAAUUGUAUGUCUAUUCUUACGGCCGAGUCGGUGAACACAACAUCGUACUCACAGUGCCUCAUCAAAUGGGGACAGUGAAAGCAUCCCAGUGCGCUGCUGUUGUGGCCCAACAGUUCCCGAAUAUUCGGUUCGCUUUAUCAAUUGGAAUCGGAGGGGGUAUUCCGGGUGCAGAUGCCGAUAUCAGGCUUGGGGAUGUUGCUGUGAGCAUACCGCAAGAUAAUCACCCUGGUGUGAUUGAAUACGACUAUGGAAAAUACACUCAGAACGGAGAGUUUGUCUUGAAAGGCUCGCUCAAUAAACCAGCCCCCAUCUUGAUCAGUGCAGACAUGUCCUUACAGAUGGAUGAGAUGGAGGACGAAUUCCCAAUUGACGGGAUGCUCCAGCGCAUCCCACAAAAACGUCUCUUCUCUCGGCCUAGUCGUGAUGUCCUUUUCGCUGACACCUUUCAUCAUGUUGGCGGAAAAGACUGCAGCGCCUGUGACAAUUCCAGCCAAAAGCAGAUUGUUGAUCGGGGACAUCGUAACAGAGAUGUUAUCAUUCAUCGAGGUCUUAUACUUUCAGGAGGAGGCGUGAUAAAGAACCCACAGGAUCGAAACCGGUUACGGCGCGGCAACGAGCAAGCGAUAUGUUACGAGAUGUUGGCAGCGGGUAUCAUGGGCCAGAUACCUUGCCUGGUCAUUCGAGGAAUCUGUGACUAUGCUGACACCCACAAGAGCGAUGAAUGGCAUUACUAUGCUGCCGCUGUUGCUGCCGCAUAUGGCGGAGCUAUUCUAAUGAAGAUUCGUGGCGAGCAAGUGCGUCAAACCUCAACUAUGCAGAAUAUGAUGUCAGGAAUGAAGAGAAUAGAGAGUAAGGUUGAUGAGGUGAAAGAAGAAUCAUAUCGACGACAGAUCCUGGAGUGGAUCGGGCAAAAGAACUGGAGACAUGCCCAUCAGGCACAUUUUUCCAGAUAUGAACCUGGAACUGGCCAAUGGUUUCUCAACCACCCGGACUUCAAAAAAUGGGAAGUUGGCCACCAGCAAACAUUGCUAUGUCAAGGCGAUCCAGGAGCAGGCAAAACAGUCAUGGCAUCCGUCAUGAUCGACCAUCUCAAGUCUCGUGCCUGCGUCGAAUCAGCCGCAAAUCCGACAGCUGUUGUAUUCUUCUAUUUCAGCGCUGCAGACAGAAACCAGCAAUGCCCGCCUUACUUUAUGUUGAGUCUCAUGAGACAGUUGAUUGAAAGCAGCCAUAGGCCACUGCCAAAGGCCGCCACGGAUUGGUUUGAAGGAUACAAGGACAAUGGCCCAUCAUCGUUAAGCAUGGAAAGUUUAAUCAGCGGGAUCAUUGACAUAUCGCUUUCCUUCGCGAACCUCUUUAUAGUAAUCGAUGCUCUUGACGAGUGUGAAGAGAGUGCAUUGGAAAGAGGACUCCUGCGUGAACUGUUCAAGCUCCAAAGUCGGACGAAAGUGAACAUCGCAGCAACUUCCCGUCGCCUGGACUGGAUCAAAGACAUCUUCAAAAACCUCGUUCCGAACUAUUUGUUACUUCCUAUUGAGGCAGCCGAUGAAGACUACAAGCGUAAUCUUGUCAUUCAAGAAUGCGGUUCGUCAGAAGAGAGGAACAAACUAGUACAGGAUGUACAAGAGCGCAUCAAAAGUGCUUCUCAUGGAAUAUUUCUUCUCGUCCGAUUUCAUAUGGAUGAAGUCGAUUAUCAGAUAUCAGAGCAGGAUAUCAGAACUAGCAUUCAAAACUUUCCUGAAGCGUCAAGUGCGUAUGAGGAGAUUUAUGGAAAAACAACCGACCGCAUUCAUGAUCAGCCUCUGAAGCAUCGUUUGCUCGCGAGCAAGACCCUCGAAUGGGUAGUCUGUGCAAAAGAACCACUCCCGAUUUUGGCACUUCGUGAAGCAGUUUCUGUAAAGAUCGGCUCUCCACACUCUGAGAAGACAGUUCAAAGUCCCAUCAAGCUAAUUGUGAAUGUGUGUAGAGGGCUUGAUACAGUGGAUGACGACAAAACUGUCCGAUUACUCCAUCACAUAACACGCGAGUAUUUCAAUCAUAACCCUGAGCGUCUAAUGUUUCUUAGCAAUGGUUGCCUCUCAAGGUCCAUAGAAGGCGUUAUGAACAUCAAGCAGCUAGAAUCUAACGCCAGAACUGCCAUUCAAGUAGAUCUCACUAUGGUUUGCAUCACAUAUCUUUUAUUUGAUGCUUUUCAGGAUGGACCAUGCCAAGAGAAACAAGAACUAUGGGAAAGCUUGCGAACCAACAAAUUCUAUCAGUACGCUGGUCGUUACUAG